AAUAUGCACGCAUUAACACACGCGUUUCUCCGCUGUCUUGCCUUCCUCCUGCCUCCUUCCUGGCUUCAGCUCGCAUUUUGCUGGUGGGUUGGGGAUGAGUGCGGAAAGAUGCCAUGGCCCAAUCCGAGGGCGCGUUUCAAAAGGAAAAAGCCUCUUACAUAUCAGGAAGUAACACCACAAGACGACUCCAUCCCCUUCGCUUCCCCUGCUCCUAGCUGUGUCUCGCUAGCUGCUAACAGCUCCGCGCCGCCACCACAGGGCUCUCCGUGGGGUAGAAUCCGGGAGCUCUGGCAAGCUGUGGAGCGCAUCUUCGGGGCUCCCUUCGCCUUCCAUCAGCGCUUGUGCCAAAAGCCUGAAGCUUUUUGCAACCCUUACCCCGUCGUUGCUUUCGAUUCGAGCGCCAACUCCGUCAGCAGUCGGGGAGGCACUGCCUUUGCAACGGAGGCGGACGUACUGACAGGAGGCACGUUCACCUCAGGCAGCAUGAGUACGACCAUGGAGCUCCCCAGCCAGUCUGUAUCAGACUUGGUCGGGCUGACUGUAAACGAAGAGGUGAUAACGGUGGACCAGCACCAGUCGGAGAUGGGCACCCAAGUGACUAUAACUGUUGCUAUUCAGGCAGCAGAGGACGAGGAGUUAGAACCUGACGAGGAGGUAUCGGUAAACCAUUUGGAUAUUCAUGGAGGAAGCGGUAGCGACGACGAAUUUGGACGACAUGACAAAUCAAGUGGGGCUGGCACGAGUGGGGGUGAACUUGAGGAGGAGAGCUGGCAGCCCCCGGACCCAGACCUUACACAGAAGCUGGUGGCCCAGAUUGAGUAUUACCUGUCAGAUGAGAAUCUGGAACAUGACGCCUUCCUGCUCAAACAUGUCAGACGCAACAAGCUUGGCUUUGUCAGCGUCAAGCUGCUCACCUCCUUCAAAAAGGUGAAGCAUCUGACCCGGGACUGGAGAACCACAGCCUAUGCCCUGCGCCAGUCUACGCUGUUGGAGCUGAACGACGAAGGGCGCAAGGUGCGCCGCAGGACCACAGUCCCUGUGUUUGCCAGUGAAUCCCUGCCCAGUCGCAUGCUUCUACUGAGUGAGCUCAACCGCUGGCCCGAGCUGGGUGUGGCACUGCAGGGAGGGGCAUUGGAUGCGGGGGCCAAUGGGGGUGGGUCGACACAGCAGGAGCGCCUGAUGGAGCUGUUGCUAAAGGCUUUCGGGACGUACGGGCCGAUCGCUUCGGUGCGGGUGCUCAAGCCCGGGAAGGACUUGCCUGCAGAUCUGAAGAAGCUGAGCGGGCGCUACCUGCAGCUGGGAAAGGAAGAGUGCGCCAUCGUUGAGUUCGAGGAGGUUGAGGCGGCCGUGAAGGCCCACGAGGUGGUCGGGGGCGAGAAGGAGGGCGCCAGCCCGCUGGGCCUGAAGGUGGUGCUGAUCGGCACCAAGCCACCCAAGAAGAAGGUGUCCAAGGAGCGGCUACAGCGGGAGGAGGGGGGCAUGGGCAUGCGCAAGAGUCGCUCACUCAACAGCCGUGUGCGGGAGCUGCAGUUCGCCGACGACUCGGCGUGCAGCUCCUCGGAGACGGAGAGCAACCCCACGUCGCCACGACUGGCCCGCAAGACACGCUCUCUGAACAAGCUCAGCCCCACGUCCGGUGGCGGUGCUGGCUUCCAGAACAAUCACCUGAGCCCGGCGGUGUCCCCGCGCUCCAGCCCUUGGUCCAGCCCGCGCGCCAGCCCCUGCUCACAGCGCAAAGCCCCCCACAAGUCUCCACUGGCCAGCGAGGGCCGACUCAGCCCGGAGCCGGGCAGGCGCUGGGCCGACUACUCCUCGGACAGCAGCCUGACUCCCUCGGGGAGCCCCUGGGUGCAGCGGCGCAAGCAGGUGGCCUCUCAGGAGAGCAGCCCCGUGGGGAGCCCUAUGCUGGGUCGAAAGAUCCAGAAUGCCGACGGCCUUCCUCCUGGGGUAGUGCGCCUGCCUCGCGGGCCUGACGGGAGCCGAGGCUUCCACCCUCCCGCCAUGAGCGACCGGGUAAAGACUGUCACCACGCAAACUUGAUGCAUCCCAGGACCACCCAAUAGUUACCCCCUUCUCAGCCAGUUACAAGACUCUCCCAUCCCCAAAUCCUCAGCCAAUCAAUCCCUUUACCCAAACCCUCACCUCUUUACCCUCCAAACACUGAAGUGGCCACCAAAACAUUUAGUUUGAGUCGUUUUGAAGUCUGGUCUUUUUGUCUUUGUAAUACUUUUUAUACACUUUGGUUAAUAACAUGCAUUGUGAUCAUUUAUUUUGGAUUUGUUUUUUGUUUUUUUUCAUUUUUCCAAUUGAUAUUGUAAAAAAAGUAUUGCUAGAGAAGAAAUUGAUGGUAAAGUAAUUUAUAUAUGUAGAACUUACAAAGCAAGCUCCUCAGUAUUUGAGUUGCCACCUCCACAGGUGUCUGAAGUUCUAAUUAGGGAUGAACUUCAGAAGCACUUUCAGUUUUUCUAUUUCCUUUACAUCGCUGUCCUCUUGUGUAUGCGUGUUAAUGUAUGUGUGAGUAAUGUUACACAAACGACAGUCUUUUGAAUGGUCUAUGUUUAUAGUGUGGUUUAGGGGUGUGUGGUGUAUGAAGUAUCACCAUAGCACUUCCUGUAUUUUGUUAAAAAAGGAAAAGUGGCAAUUGCACUCAUCUGUGGCCAUAACCUUUCCCUUUGCCAUACAGUUUCAAUGGUAAUUGUUUUGUUUUUUUAUUUGUUUCUUUUAAUUUAAAGUUUUUAGGUUUAACUUAUUAUUUCCCCCUUUCCAUUUUUUGCCUUUUGGAGAAUGCUUUUUAUUUUAGUGGUUACUAGGCCUAUUGUUAAUCAAAGACAGUAUGUCAUGGCAGGGUUCUCUUCCUUGGCUCGAGGUUUUGCUGCUUCCUGUCCAUUUGUAGCAUGUUGAGUAAAGGGAUACGCGAAGGGACGUCCAUCAUGGCAAACCUUCUCUCCAACACUUGCCUUUACUCAUGAACUGGGGCAAUGUACAGCGUGUAUUUGCUAUGAUACAAAUAAAUCACCGAAAUGGCAUCUCA